CUGGAUGUAGAUGCUCUGAUGCAGUCUCCCUGUCACCAAGGGCCAUCCAGUGGAAACUUGACUUUCCCAAGAGCACAGGUGCAAAGUUCCGGGGCACAGACACAGCCAAGCACCCCAGUGGCUGAUUCCCUGCAACUGCAGCUGGACCAGCAUUUGGACCGUGGUGACAACAGAGCCAGGCUCAGCCUCUCCUCUGCCAUCGGGAGCCUGGGCACCAAGAUGGACUGUGGGGACCAACGGCUGCUCCUCCAAGAACUGGCUUUGGAUGCUUCCAUGUGCAUGAAGAACCCUCCCAAGCCGGAGCAUGAUGCUGGUGAGGAUUCGAGGGACAGACAAUAUGGCUGUCAAAUCCAUGGCCUCAUGAAAGCCCUCAGUGUCAUGAAACAGAAGAUUCCCAAGAGAAUACUGCAGUUCGGCCAGUGGAGACUGGCAUGCAGAAUGAAGAUUGGUCUUCAAGCUUAGGGCCCAGAGAUGCCAAGGAUUUCAGAAACUAAGAAAAGAGAGGCCUGUGUGAAUGAAAACACCAUCCUGAAACUUCAUCCUAAAACCCCUUCAUUUUCCACUGGAUGAAAGGAAAUCUAAAGCAGCACAUCAAGUUAAAGCCCAAAGAGAGCACAG